AUGUUCAUGAGAAGAGAAGCUAGGGUUGUGUUUGUAGUGGCGGUGUUGUUGAUCAGCUGCCGGAGUGGAGCUGAUGGAGAUGAUGGAUUUGAGAGAGAAAAUGGGGUUGUAGGGUGGUCCGAUUCUAAUUCCACCACUCAUAUUUCUAGUGAAAAACAUAGCUUUAUUGAGGAUGUAGAACACAAGGACACAAAUUCUUCUGUUGAAAUUUUAGUCCAAAGCAAUAGUAAUAUUGACCAUCAUGCUGGGAAAGGAGGAAAGGGUGGUGGAGGUGGGGGAGGUGGAGGUGGUGGUGGAGGAGGAGGUAAUUGUGGUGGAGGGGGUGGGGGUGGCGGUGGCAAAGGUGGAGGAAAAGGUAAACCACACAGGAAAAGAAAAAGAAGAGGCGGUUGUAGUUGUGGUGGUGGUGGUGGUGGGGGAGGGGGUGGAGGUGGAGGUGACUAUGGUGGAAGAAACGGUAAGCCACACAAGAAAGGAAAAGGAGGAGGUGAUGGUGGAAACCACAAAGGACACGGAUGGGGUAAAGGAAAGGGAGGAGCCGCCGGCGGGAGUGGUGGGGGAGAAAGUGGCGAAGGUGGAGGUUUGGGUCAGGGAGGAGGUAGCGACGGCGGCGACAACUAUGGUGGCACAAGAAAAUCAAUAGGAGGGAGAAAUAAAACUGCCUCUCCUCCUUAA